CAGUGUAGGGCGUUGGGUCAUCUGAAGUUAGGAGUCAGGAACAUGUCAAGGGUUUUAAGGUUACUGCAAGUGCAGCGAGUGCAGAGUUGUUUGCAGCAAGCAUUUUUUAAUUGGGCUAAAAAAGAAAUCAGAGUUCUAAGGCCAAAGUCAAUCUCCACAUUCCUGAAAGCCCAUGCCAAUUUCAUCAUCAAGUCUUCUACCUUUUCUCCUGUCUUGUUGAGAUUGAAGGAGCCAGCUGCUCUGCUAGUGUUUAGCGCGGCCUCUGUUGGGACAGCAGCCAUGGCGGACGCUGAGCUCAGCUCUCAGGCUGACCAGUUGUAUGACCAGAUGGAAUAUGCCAAAAUAGUGGAGAUACUCGAGCCAAAGAAGGAGUGUGACGACGUGGAGCUGCUGUGGCGUCUGGCCCGGGCCAUGUACGAGCAACACAAACGGCUCGGCUCGGACGCCGAGAAGCUGUCCUACCUCCAGCAGGGAAAGGUGACCGUGGAGCGUGCCAUGCAGCUCAACGACAAGCACCCCAACUGUCACAAGUGGAUGGCCAUCUACCUGAACGCCAUCACAAAGCUGCAGGGCUCGCGGGCGCAGAUCGAACAGGGCCAGGUCAUCAAGGGCCACAUGCUGAAGGCCUGUGAGUACGGUCCGUCCGACCCCACCAACUGGCACCUGAUCGGAAUGUGGGCGUUCACCGUGGCCGACAUCUCCUGGACCAUGCGCAAGCUGGCGCAGGUCAUAUUCGGCGAGCCGCCCAAGGCCACCUUCCAGGAGGCGCUCGAGUACUUCCUGAAGGCGGAGGAGGCCCAGCCGGGCUCCUAUAGUAUGAAUUUACUCAUGAUCGCCAAGUCGUAUCAGAAGCUGAAGGACAACGACAACGCGAUCGUGUACCUGAAAAAGACCCGGGAUUACCCGGUGAAAACUAUGGAUGACCAACAGGCUCACAAAGAGGCGGUGGACUUGCUGAAAUACUUGGGAGUAAAGGACUGAGUCCGGGCCGUCGGCUGACGGUCUAACCAGCUCGCCGACAGAAAGCUAGCCGUACUAUAUGAUAGAUGGGCACACGGACGACGCACUCGGGUGUGAAUGGACAGUGGGCAUCGCCGGAUAGUCACGUAUCAGCACCGUCUCGAAGGUGCCCUUGUAAACAAUUCAGCUGCCCUUGGAAGCGUAGGCCGCUUAUACCCGAUCACCAAUUGAAUCCCGAUUAUGAGGAGGUUUACUACAUCGAUUUUGCUGCGGAAUGAGUGGAAGUGGAUAUCAUUCAAAUAUCACAAAUUUCCUAACUUUUCCAGUUGGGCCGUCUUUCAUCAACUUCAGACAGUCUGGAUCGCUUUGAGAUGUAUUUUGAAAGCGAUAAAAUGAUAGUGAUAAGCAAGCCAACAGCGAGAUUUCAGACCGCACUGUGAUUGCAAAGUGUUUGGUUGUUGCAAACUGGAUUAUGAGCGCUGUAUGCCAUUGAUAGUGCCGUGUUUAUUUGUAGCAUUUUUUUUGUGUCAUUAUUGAUGAAAGACAUUGGACUUAUACAUUUCAAUUUGUGCCUUGCGCCAACUACGUGAAGGAUUUGCUUUCUUUGAAGCACCCUGCUCAAUAUAUCACCAGUAUAACGCCUUUUGGGGCGACUAACGGAGCGAGCGAGAGGGUGGGCCUUGCACGUGCGAAAUUGCGAGGGGGUACCUCCAACUGACUUGUGCACGGCACCCUACUAACUGGUCUCUAGCGAUGUGCCAAAUUUGGGCACAAUCGGCCCAGCCGUUCUCGAGAUCUGGAAGCGGCACCCUGCACGUGCGCACGUGCAAAAUGGGUCCCAACUGACUUGUGCACGGCACCCUACUAACCGGUCCCUAACCGUUUACCAAAUUUGAGCGCAAUCGGUCCAGCCGUUCCCGAGAUCUGGAAACGACCCCUGCACGUGCGCACGUGCAGCAGCACCCCAACUCUGGCACAUGUAUAUGCAGUGCCUAGUGGGUGCCUACCUACAUGCCAACUUUCAGCGCAAUCGGCCAAGUAGUUACCGAGAUAUUGCAACAAUUACAAAACUGACACCUCUUCGUUUUGCACGUGGCACGUGCAUAAGGGGUCACCCACAUGCAUCGGGAAUAGUCCAAUACUUGGUAGAAGGAAUUAAGCUACCCUACAAAAAUUACCGCGUGUAAAUCGGUCAAGUGGUUGCUGAGAUAUAAGCCUCGCAAAAGCGUGACCACGGCCGGCCGGCCGGCCGCUCAUACUCAGAAAUUUCCGUUAAUCUGAAGAAAGACUACGCUCGCUUCGCUCGCUCCGUAAUGACAGAGCAUUGAACCAGUAUAACGCCUUUUGGGGCGACUAACGGAGCGAGCGAGAGGGUGGGCCUUGCACGUGCGAAAUUUCGAGGGGGUACCUCCAACUGACUUGUGCACGGCACCCUACUAACCGGUCUCUAGCGAUGUGCCAAAUUUGAGCACAAUCGGCCCAGCCGUUCUCGAGAUCUGGAAGCGGCACCCUGCACGUGCGCACGUGCAAAAUGGGUCCCAACUGACUUGUGCACGGCACCCUACUAACUGCUCCGUAACCGUGUACCAAAUUUGAGCGCAAUCGGUCCAGCCGUUCUCGAGAUCUGGAAACGACCCCUGCACGUGCGCACGUGCAGCAGCACCCCAACUCUGGCACAUGGAUAUGCAUUGCCUAGUGGGUGCCUACCUACAUGCCAACUCUCAGCGCAAUCGGCCCAGUAGUUACCGAGAUAUUGCAACAAUUACAAAAGUGACACCUCUUCGUUUUGCACGUGGCACGUGCAUAAGGGAUCACCCACAUGCAUCGGGAAUAGUGCAAUACUUGGUAGAAGGAAUGAAGCUACCCUACAAAAAUUACCGCAUGUAAAUCGGUCAAGUGGUUGCUGAGAUAUAAGCCUCGCAAAAGCGUGACCACGGCCGGCCGGCCGGCCGGCCGCUCAUACUCAGAAAUUUCCGUUAAUCUAAGGAAAGACUACGCUCGCUUCGCUCGCUCCGUAAUAAUUUCUUACCGGAUAUUUGUAGUCAAUCAUUACGUAGCUUGAAGUUGCGUUCGAUCACGGUCCUGUAUCUUUAUUUAUAAUACAUAUAUUCGAAUCAAACAA